CACUUGGAGGCUAACUUAUGGGAGCUUCAGAGUCCAUCAGCUACACUGGGUGCAAGUGGUGGUGUGGCGUCCCUGUUCUUUCGACUAGGUGAGGGAUCUGGAGCACGUGCUGGCCAGGACAACAGUAUCAAGUGCCCAGAAGGCCAAAGCGAGCUGUCGGACCGUGGACGAGUGCGAAGACCCCGUGACGAAUCGCCACUGGUCACGAGGAGACGAGACGCUUUCUCUGGAGAGGGGCUCGCAGCCUGGCGCAACCUUCCCCACCACGUCCCGGCGGCGGUUCGCAGCCUCCCCGGAACCGCAACGCCCGUGGGAGGUGACGCCGCGGCGGCUGUUAGCGGUGGCCAGCCAGCUCAGCCAGCACAGUGAAGUCGGCGGCCAGACAGCCGCGUCGCGCUCCCCAGCCAGCAGCCAGCGCCGCCCGCGCACACGUCCGGACGAGACAGACACCUGUCUGUCGCUCCCGAGGCGCGCUUCAACACGGACGGCGAGUGUGCUCCUGUCUACGUCGACCGGGCGCUCCGAGCUUUCGUAGUUCGCGUAUUGGAGGCGAUUUGCGGGUCAGACAACCGCCUACAUCGUGCCGGGUGCGACAAUCGGUGGAUGCCAGUGGGGUCGUCUCUUGAACGGAUUGUCUAGUUGGAACGACUUGCACGCCAUGGACGUCGGCUUCAGAGAUCUCAAGUACACCGUCAACAAGUGGUACCGGUUUUCAGAGCCGAGUAAAACCAUCUUGCACGGGCUGAGCGGCACCUUCAAGUCUGGCCGGCUGACAGCGAUCCUGGGCCCGUCCGGCGCGGGCAAGAGCAGCCUGCUGGACGUUCUCUCCGGCUGCAGGCGGUCUGGCGUGAGCGGCGAACUGCUGCUGGGCGGCUCUCCGCGGGACGAGGCGCACUUCCGGCGCGUGUCGUGCUACCUCAUGCAGGAGGACCUGCUGCAGCCGCGGCUCACCGUGCGCGAGCUCAUGCUGCUCGCUGCCGAGCUCAAGAUGCCCGCCAGGUGCUCGCGGAGGCACCGCGAGGAGACGACGGAGGAGAUCCUGGAGACGCUGGGACUGUGGGAACACCGUAACACCAGGACGGAGCAGCUGUCGGGUGGCCAGCGGAAGCGGCUGUGCGUGGCGCUGGAGCUAGUCAGCAACCCACCAGUCUUCUUCCUGGACGAGCCCACCAGCGGGCUGGACGAGGUGUCGGCCAAGCUGUGCCUGCGGCUGCUGCAUGAGGUGUCGCGGCAGGGCCGCGCCGUCAUCUGCACGAUGCACACGCCCUCCGCGUCGCUGCUGGCGCUACUGGACGACGUGUACGCCAUGGCGCGUGGCCGCUGCGUCUACCAGGGGCCCAGCGGCGGCAUCGUCUCCUUCCUCGCCGCCUGUGGCCUCUACUGCCCCACACACUACAACCCCGUCGACUACCUGGUGGAGAUGCUGGAAGUUCCCGACGAAGAGGGCGCGCUUGUCUUGGAGCGACUGUGUGCAGCCAUCGACAACGGCCGCAACCGGUGGCAGCUCCCACUACCCGUCACUGCAGGUGACGAGUACGGUAGCUCCCAGGUAGCCAACGUCUUCGCUGCGGCUCCAGACAUUUGCAACGGGAGAUCGGGCAGCGACUCCUACAGCGACAGUGGAUCCUCAGAGAACGACCAACAGUUGGUGACGAGGUCAAGCAACAAGAAGCUGCGCCCGUACGCAGCCGACUGUCCAGUUUCGACAUGGCGCCAGUUUAUACUCUUGUGCCGGCGGAUGGUGACCCAGGCCAGAAGAAACAAGGUAGCCAUCACAAUACAGGUAUUUCACCAUUUGAUGUGUGCUCUCCUCCUUGGACUGGUAUUCUUCAGACGGGCCAAUGACGGCAGCCUUAUGUUUGAGCAUUUGAAAUUCUGUGUAGCAGUUAUUCUUUUCCACACUUAUACAUGGUGUAUGGUGCAAGCUAUAAUAUUUCCCAUUGAGGCAAAGCUAGUGAUGAAGGAGCACUUAAAUGGCUGGUACAGUCUUCACCCCUACUAUAUGGCACUUCAACUAAUUAGUUUACCGUCUGUGGUCUUUCUCAGCCUUGUAUUCCUAAGCAUAAUCUACACAAUGAUAGGACUACCAAUGGAGCUCAACAGAUUUCUGCUCUUUGCAGUUGUGGGAAUAAUCACUUCAGUAGCUGCUGAAGGGAUGGGCAUUGCUAUUGGCUCAACAUUCAGUAUUACGAAUGGUUGUAUUGUUGGCCCAGCUACUAUUGCACCUUUCCUGGGAUUAGCAAUUUAUGGAUUUGACUUUGCUCAUGAUAUACCAGCAUGGAUGAAUGUACUGAUGCAGAUGAGUUUCAUGCGAAGCGGAGUAGUUGGUUUAGUGCUGAGUGUUUUUGGUCUCAAUAGGAGUGUUCUAGACUGUCCUGACAUAUAUUGUCAUUAUGCAGACCCUAAAGUUAUUCUUCAAAUGACAGAUGUAGAUGAAAUGUCAUUUUGGACGCCUAUCUCUUAUAUAAUAUUUCUAACAUUAACUUUAAGAAUUCUGGGUUUCAUAGGACUACGGGUACGACUUGUUAAAUAAAGAGACUCAUUCCUUCCACAGUUCAUUGUGGAACACAGACAUGUGGGCUGAAGUGAGAAUUUUUGUAUGUGGCUGUGCAGUAUUAUUUAUUGCUGUAUGUGUGUGUGUGUGUGUGUGUGUGUGUGUGUGUGUGUGUGUGUGUGUGUGUGUGUUUAUAGGAACCAAAGAAUAUCUUUCAGAGUACAAUAAAAUAAUAUUUUAGUCUCUAAAGGUACAAUAUAAUAAAUAUCUGAAAAUAAUAUGUGUGUUUCUGUCCAGCAGACUAUUUUUAGUACUAUAUUGUCUCAAGAUGUGAAAAAGUUUUAAAAUUUGGUUAAUUUAUUCAAAAUAUUGAUGUUUUUUGGAAUGUUUAAUGUAAGUGGUUCAGAAAUAUCUUUGAGUGUACCUAUUUUUUAACUCACUUAAUCUCAGCUUACUGCAAAUUUUAUUCUGUACCUGUCAGUCUGAUAAAAUGAAUAUAAACAUUUUUUACUUUAUUUCAUGGUAUCAAAGUGGUAUUUCAUAGUGGUAUUUUAUCAUCCAUAAACAUAGGAAUAGCAUAAUCAAAUGUUAACAUAAUUUUAAGCAGACAUGACACUGUAAAAUUGAAUCUUACUAGCUAAGCAGAGAGAGACCAAUUUUUUCUCUUCUGAUAAACAUUAAUGCAAUUACUGUAUGACCCAGAAUCAUGAAGAAAUUGUAGAAAAGUCCAAAAUACCCAGCACAGAUUAGUACACCAAAAUUAGUAUGUAUGGAUGUUGCAAUAUAUACAGAAUUCUUAAAGACAAGUUUAACAUCACAAAUUUUUGGGUAAAGAAUACUGACAUAUGGCUUACAGACCAACAUGAAACUUUUAACAGAAUUUUUUUAUAGUCCUUACUAAAAUAUUUGCUAUGUUUAAUAGUAUAGAUACCAUAUGUGAAAUAAUAUAUAAGUUGUUACACAGUUAUCAUAAGAGUGUGAAUUGAUUUCUGCCGCUUUGACCGCUGGAAACAACUCGGUGAACUAUGUGAAGCCAUGAGCAUUGUGAUGAGAACAUGGAAAGAAAUUUA